GGCCAUGGUGCUGUCGCAGAAAUCCGAAACAGAAAGACGGAAAAAGAAGCGGCACAGCAGCGUCACUGUCCCGACCGGCGUCGUGGACAACGUCGAGAAACUGGCCAAACAACUGCGACCAGUAAUUGGACAUAUCCUGCUCUCCUUGUCCGAAGACGAUCUUGAGAUCUAUCUCCAGAGGCAGAAAACAAUUCAACGCGUCAUGACGCUCCGUGAAUAUGACGACCUGGAGAAAUUCAAGAUUCGCUGCUCGUAUCUCGGCAGUGAUACUGUUUUCUUUGCCAGCGCGCGCAACUCCAGCUACGCCGCCGAAAUUGAAGCACUCGCUGAAGCCUGUCCAGUGCUUGAAAUGUGCUUGGAGAAGUACAAAGCAUGGGGACUACGAGCAGGCAGCGUGGUCUUCAGUGACUCCAAAUCGGCAGUGGCGAGGAUCAUCAGCAAAUCUGUGAUUUCGGCACAGGAUGCUGAUGUCUUCAAACCUUUGGCGAAGUUGAAGGACAUGUACAUGAAGUCGGAGUGGGAAAUCGGAUCGUGCACCGAUCGGGUGAAUCCGGGCGAUUCGUUCACCAAGAUCUCCUCCGGUUUCAAGAUGGACGAGCUGCUGGAAGUCCUGCAGGGUACUUUCAAUGUACCACUCGGCCAGCUGUUCAUGUACAAGAGGGUGUACACAUGGGAGCGACCGUUAUGUCCCUCCACCAAGGAAAUCUAGAUCGAUCCCGAAAAUUUCCGAACGUUGUGAUCGAGCUACGAAUUCCAAUCGAGAACUUGUUUUUGUUUCAACCACUUUUGCUUCCGACCGAAGAGCACGACCAGAGUCCUAUUCCAUCGGCGGAUUCUAUCCUACGAGAACUACUCUUUCUUCAAGAAGUUUUGUGCGAUUGUUUUAUGCGGACCGUUCAAGUUUCUGCCUCUGCUCCAGUCCGAAUCCACGUGUUUUACUCCACGACGAUUACGGCUGGUUCUACAGAUACGAAUCCGCAGUUUCAAAAUUUUGGUUUUAGAAAUGAACACGCUUCUCCUGAACCGACGCGGGUGUUAGGAUCGCACCAUCACCAGGACAGAAUUCCGAAAGGAGUGGUCUCCGUGGAGAGGAACCUAGCCGGUGCCCCGUCAACCAAAAAAAAUUCGUCCAGCAGUGUUGGCGAGCUUUUCGCGGUCGGAGAUAAAUCCUUUUCAGCGAUGGAAUUACGGAUUUGCUUUGUUAGCUAGCGGUACGUGAGGGAACUGCUGAGUCUUUUUCCGGAAAAGAACCGCGACGGAGAAAACGGAAUGUUUACGAGUCGGGUCCUCAAUCACUUCUUCCACCCCCCGGGCACUGUUGAUUUGUUCUCUAGAACGUAAUCUUCGUGUCAAGGGUAAAAGUGAUUGAGAGACUCGAGAGAAAAGAUAAGCAAAUCGGAAGUCGUUUAUUUGACCACAAAUCGGAUUUCGUUUAUUCGUGCCUUCAUCUUUUCUGAGUGACAAGCUUCAAAUCGUUUCUUAACUCUUUGCUUGUUUUGUCGCAUCACAAAUUGCUUUUGAACACUUGUUUUGUUUUCUUCCAAAAACAAUCAUGAAUGGAAUCUUUCCCAAACAAUUCGUUUGCUCCGCCGCGGGCUCAAGGUCCUAAAUGUGUAUCGUAAACUGUUAACGAACCCAACCAAGAAAU